AAAGCUUAAUAUAUCAUCAAGUUCAAUUAUAGGACGGAUAUAUGAUAUUGUUUAUGUUGUCUUGCUACAUAGAAUCAUUUGCAACCUUUGUUUGCCCUCCUAAAAAUGCUAUCCCAAAACGGCAUGCAUGGGACAACCAGUUGAUUAAGAUUUAAACGUCAAUAAAUCAUGUGGGUUGGUGUUGGUGGAGAGUUGGUUGUAGCUGUAGAUCAUAUCAUUCAGGUGUGGCUAAUUAAAUAUUGGAGAUAAUCUACCAACGUUUUAAAAUAAUAUAAAUUAUGCAGUAGAUUACAUUUUAUACAUUGGAAAUCUAAAAAGGCCAAUAUAAUAAUUGGAAAACAAUCCCCAAGUUGUGUAAAAUAAAUAUUUUUAAAAGACAAAAGGAAAAGAACUCGAAACCAAUUGGAUUCAUGAAAAUCUGGGUCUUUCUUAAUUAAGAGAACCCAUAUGUUUUCGUCAUUAUGUGGUGGAGGGGAAACAAAAGAAUUAUGGAAUCAAGAACGGAAACAAUUAUUGUAUUACAAGCAGAACGAGUGGUUCGGUCGGUGAAGUGAAGCCUUGUUUGAUGGUUUUGUUAAAUUCGAUUGGCGUCAAAUGAAAAGCUCGCGUAUGAUAAAAUGAAUGGAGGAUAGAUAAAGCCUAUCCACUUCUGCUGCUUCUGAUUGCUUAGCUCACUACCUGCCCCGCCUCUUUAAUUUCUCUUUCUUUCCCACAUAAAUUAUGUGUUCCAUACUCUCUCACGCUAGAUGCUUCAAUUUCUGGCAACUGUAAGCUCGACUAUUUCCACUCAUCACUUCUCACUUCUCACUUCUCUAAGGGAAGAGUUCUUUUGUUGGUUGUGUUCAUAAAAUAUAAGAUGGCUUUUCUUAUUUGUUAUUUUUAUUAGUGUCCGUUAUGGUGUAUGGCUACUUGUACACAGUCCCUUCUUGGGUUAAUCUUCCAUGGGCAUAUUAGUUUCUUUUGAUUUUAGUAGCUGAGUCGCAACUGCAUUCUCUCUGCAUCCUAAGCUGAAGCAUCUAGGUUUCAUGUCUUGUGUUUCAUUUUCUCAAAAUUAAAUGAACGUGAUGCAACAGUUUCUUUAUUUUCAUGAAAUAAUUUGGACCCUUGUGAUCAGAUGUAUCUGGAGGAAAAAAAAAAUCGAAAGAUCAAUAUGCUUCGAAGUUCAAAGUGUUCAUGCAGGAAUUUUAUUCCUCCAAAUCAUGUCUCAGAGCUUGAAUUUGGAGUUCUUAAGUAGUUUAUUAUUGUACUCAAAGCAUAGAUGAACUUUCGUGUGCUGGGAGUCCCUGCUAUAUACCUCAAGAUUUUCUUUCUUGAGGGAGAAUUCCGAAAUUUAUUGCAUAGUAUGACACUACAUAGCAAUGCAGAAUGCAGAUUGCAGAUCUGUUCAUUCUUUAUAGACUCUCUCAAGUCAAAUAAAAGAAUGGAUAUUGCCGCAUUUCGUUAGGGAUUGUGGGUUGCAGUUUGAAUUGCUUUUGACAUCUCCAAAUCUUGUAAAUCGCUAUCUGAAAUCAUGGAAAUUGCGGAAACAAAAUGUUUGUCUGGCUACGGCAAGCCUCCUUGGAUAUUUAAAGGCAGUGCCUUGUAUCAGCUUCAUCUUGUAAAAGCAGAAACAGCUCGAGCAUUCAUUCCAAAAGAAUUUAGAUUAGUUGAAGCUUUUGGGUAUAUGUUCAUUAUAAAUUUAUGGUACACUCUUGGUGGCUUUUUUCUUGCCAACUACGAGGAAAGUCCUGCUGGAGCAUUUGAUGAGCUAGUGGUGAUUGCGGGAAUCGUGUGGAACCCUCCAAUGUCUUGUGCAUGGGCAGCCAGAGUGCUUGUGAGCAGUGAUGAUGCUUGUGGUCAUGGACGAAAGGAAGUUGGGCUCCCAAGUCAAGUUGCCAAGUUUUCUAAGAGAAUAGCUGUGAUUCCUUUGCAGCAAAGGAGUAAAUCUAAUCACUUCCUCAACAUGAUUGGUUUGAGUACUGCACACUCUGAUAGCAUGGAUGUUCAGGUGACUGAAAUUAAUGGUCCUUCUGCGAUAAACAUUUGUAAUAUCAACCUUGCAACUGUUGUUCCUGGUUUGAAACUUGACAAGCGGAUGGGGCCAGCAAUCAAAAUGUCACUACCAAGUUUUAGUGGACGUACAAAGCAUAAUCCCAACCUUCUGAAGUAUUCAUGCAAUAUCGAGUGCAGGGUGCGAUCUGUGCAGCCAGCGAAGGUAUCCAGACUAUUUCCAGCAUCAAAGCAUGACACAGAAGAAUCUUUGGGCCACCACAAAUGCAAAUCUGGAGAUGCUAUUAAUGGAGAACUCCUAGAUUAUGGACAGAGCCUAAGCAUUUCUGUGAUGUUAUCAAAACCCAUAUUAGCUUUGCAGUUCAGUUGUCUGAAAAUGCAGGUUGAAGCCCCAAUUGCAGUUUCCCACUGCUCUAAAAGUUCCUGCAGAACUUCCUUGGGGGUUUCUUGACUAAGCACAUGCAAUAUUGCCUCCACUCCAAACACCCUUAAUCUUUUUUUUCCUCAAUGAGCCGUAGUGCAAUAAAAAUUUCACAAAAGCCCAAAUUGCAUCCA